AUGGCAACCUUAAACUUAAACAUUGAAUAUUUAAUCUAUUCACGCAAAGAACAUUUAAAGGAUUUUGAUUGUUAUGGUUGUAAAGUAUCAUUUAACGACCAAGACUUAAAUGAUAAUAACUUUAUUCUUGGUGUGAGUGAUUACAGUAAUGAAAUUAUUAAAGAAGGGGGCAACCCGUUAGACCAGAGGCCCGUUUGUUAUAAAGUUGUAAUGCGAUUAAAAGGAGCCGAACAUAAAAAAUGCCCGAAGGUUGAAAGGUGUGAGGAGUGUUUUGGUAGAUAUAGAACCGAGGAAAUGCGACAGAGUGCCAAAGAUAAAAGUUGGUAUUGUCUAAAAACUUGUUGGGCGGACCAUUCAGAAUUAAGACGAGAUGCCACCGCAGAAAACUUUAAUGACACAGGAGCGACAUUUGACGAUUAUAUAAAAGAAGCCGUUGAGUGUUGUGAUUGUAAUUAUAAAACCUUGGAGGGAAUAAAAGAGUAUUCGCGUUAA